AUGAGCCAAAGAACCACACCAAGCUCGGAAUCCAAGAAAUCAUCACGCAGGAGCACUGGUGGCACAACCCCAAAGGCAACAUCAGAAAUGGAAGAUGACUUAGCAUCCACAACUCCAUGCCUCCGCGAUCAGCCUUCAGCGUCCACACUCCACGCCUCAGCGAUCAGCCUUCAGCAUCCACAACUCCACGCCCCAGUGAUCAGCCUUAAGCAUCCACAACUCCACGCCCCAGCAUUCAGCCUUCAGCAUCCACAACUCCAUCCUCAGCGAUCAGCCUUCAGCAUCCACAACUCCACGCCCCAGCGAUCAACCUCCAGCAUCCACAACCCAAGCCCCAGCGAUCAACCUUCAGCAUCCACAACUCCACGCCCCAGCGAUCAACCUUCAGCAUCCACAACUCCACGCCUCAGUGAUCAGCCUUCAGCAUCCACAACUCCACGCCCAGCAAUCAGCCUUCAGCAUCCACAACUCCACGCCUCAGCGAUCAACCUUCAGUGUCCACAACUCCACGCCUCAGUAAUCAUCCAGCCCUAA